AUGACCAAAGACUGGAGUCGCCCGGUCUUCCGCCUACGCAACAUCCCAAAUGGCAUCUCCGACCCCGCCGAGGCUGCCCAGCUUCUCAGCGGCGCGUUGGCAAUACCAGUCAAAGACAUUACCAUCUUCUCACUCGCUAAGACGUCGGACACAUACGGAAUACCACCAUCCAAGGUCGCAACCCUCCAGCUGACAAGCGUGCCGUCGUGUAUCACCAAAGCCCCCAACGGCGACGAAUGGGAGGUCCUUAUCCCUGAGGGCUCCCAUAAUGAUGUCCUCCUUCUUGACACCCAUUUCCGGGGGAUGACGGUGCUUGGAGACGUUGAGCCGGCGAAACAUCGCGCAGAUUGCAUCGCCAUUUCUGGUCUAGCAAGUCAUCCUUUCGGGUCCUGGCAACCCCAUGGUCCCGACAAGACUUUCAUGUGGAUCAGAGAUGCUAUCCCAAAAUCCGUCCCUGGUAUUCGAACUGUAAUCUACGGUUAUGACUCCAAGCUCGUGGGGAGCAAUUCGUUCCAGUCCAUCAGCGACAUAGCGCAAACACUGAUCCUCCAACUCAAGGCCGCAGGAUGGGGCUCGCCAUCUUCUAAGCCUACAAUUUUUCUCGCACAUAGCCUUGGGGGUCUAGUGCUCAAGGAGGCUAUCGUCCAAAUUGCAGAUCGAGAGAAAUCUGUCGCCGCCAUCCUGGACAAUGUUUUGGGCGCCAUUAUGUUUGGUGUUCCUAGCUUGGGCAUGGAGCAAUCACAUCUCCUGGCUAUGGUAGAAGGGCAACCGACCGAGCCGUUGGUUCAAGAUCUGUCCCGUGAUGGUGAUAGCAACUACCUAGUACGGCUAAACGAACGAUUUGAAAGUCUAGCCUUCCUUCAAAAAGCUCGAAUCAUGUGGGCGUACGAGACCGAGCGGACCCCAACUACUGUUCAACUUGAAGACGGCUCCUGGUCUCGUAACGGUCCAUCCGAGGUCUUGUUCUCUAGGGGCGACGCCACCAUCGGAACGAUGAUAACCUCAAUCAAAGAAAUUUGUUCGCCCAGAAACCUGCUCCAAUAUUCCGACAUGAAUGCCGGCAUUUCUGUAGGACUGCCGGAAAGCGAGGCGGCCGUGGAUGAUAACUCCCAAAAUAUUGCGCCUCCAGAUCUACCCUGUGAAGAAACACUUAGGAUGUUGGGCAAGCUGAUCAAUGGUCUCGACGAUUUGCACAACUCAUUGCACUCCCCCGAACUGGACUUUCGUCUCGACCAAAUUGACGAGCCAUUUAAGGAUACUUUUCAAUGGGUCUUUGAGCUUGAUGAGUUCUCUCGUUGGCUGCAAACGGGAUCAGACCUAUUUUGGAUCCAUGGCAAACCGGGCUCUGGAAAGUCAACAUUGAUGAAGUACAUUUUCCACAACAAGGAAACCUGGGAGCUCCUUCACAAUUGGCGAACAGGUUCCCUCGAAGUGACAGCGGCCUUCUUCUUUCAUUACCGCGGAACCGCGAUACAGAAGUCUUUCGAAGGCGUCCUGAGGAGCCUCAUAGCCCAAAUUCUCAGUCCGCACCGUAUUGCCUAUCAGAGCCGGCACAGGCCUACCUGGGAAAAGUACGAGUCCAUCAAAAAACAACAAAAACGGAUUGCAUUAAAUCGGAAAUCAUGCAAAGACAAACUAUCGGGUACCGUCAAAAAAAUCUAUAAACUGAGGCAGUGCAUCAGGCAACUGGAAAAUCGGGAUCCCGAAUCGGAACGUUGCUUGCGCCAGCUCGAGCAGCAAGAGCAAGGACUGAAAUUCGAGCUGAAGCAGAUCGAACAAGAGCUGCAACAAGUGCUGCAACAAUCCGUAGACCCGAUUGAAUCGCUUGCCGCAGACUUUGAACAACACACCACCACCCCGGUAACCAUGCUCUUGACAGCAAUGGUUUCUGACACCUCCGAGGCUGGGCACUGGUCUAUAUCAAGGCUCGAAAGGCUUCUUCGCCGCCUAUUAGAGCAGCAAGUCGCACAAACGGAUCUCGUCCUCUUCUUUGAUGCUUUAGACGAGUUUGACGGCAACCUUGAUCUCAUCAGUCGCUUCUUCAAAGACCUCGUCCGCCCUCCAGUAACCAACUCCAUGACGCGGGUAAAAAUCUUGUUCUCAAGUCGGCCUUGGAAACAACUCAAGGAGCACUUUUCUGGAUACCCCAACUUUUCUGUGCAGGACCACACAAAAUCCGACAUCGAGAGGUAUGCGGCAGGAAAAGGGGGAAACUCUAGUAUUUCCGGCCAUUCUCUUGCCCAGGUUCUUCCUGUUGUUAUCGCCAAAGCCAACGGGUUGUUCCUGUGGGUCAAGCUUGCCCUGAAUGUUCUGAUCGAACAAGCUUCGUCGUAUCCGGGCCAGAUUCCGGCAGACGCGCUAAAAGAGAAGCUUCUCACACUGCCAGCUGACCUCUUCGAGUUUUAUGAGCUGAUCAUCGAACGAAUCAGCAAAUCCAGCCGGAGACAAACAUAUGCCCUUCUCGAAUUACUCAUCCGCCACAAUGGCCCUCCUCUCAGUACGGUUCAGAUCAAAGAUGCUGUUCUCGUCUCCGAAUGCCGUACCUACGAAGAGGCUAGAGGUGUACUCGAAGCUAGUUCUCGUCGGGCCCCGCCCCCUGGGACCGAAAGCUACCUGGAGCGGCUGAACAGCGACAUUUACUCAUGGGGAGGAGGGCUGGUUGAGAUCAAGAAACACGGCCCCAGCAAAGAAACAAAAAACGAGAUCGUCUAUCGGCCCCAGCUCAUGCACCAAACUGUCCUCGAGUUUGCCAUGAGGCUUUCUUUUAAGGAGGUCGUGGAUUGGAUCGAGAGCAAGCCAGGGGAGUUGGAGAGGCUGGUGAUACCAAAAAUACCACCCCCCAUGGAAAUCACUUGGAACUCGAUCCCCUACCCUCUCCUCAGCUCUGUCGUCUUUGCCCCGCCACUGGGGUUCUACGACGCCGGGAAUCUGACCACAAUCGAAUUGCUGCUUAAGAAUGGCUACACGCCAGUGAAAGAACGCCGAUUCUUUCCCCGGCUCAUGGAAGAGACAUGGUUUGGAAAGUUACCGGAUAUCCCGGACUUCAUCCCCGACGAAAGCCUGCACAGGAUCAUCCGCCUGGCUCUCGAUUAUGGCGCAAACCCGAUGGAACGCUUUCGCUGUUCCGACAUUAGAUAUCGUGGGUUCCAUCUCGGAUUACACCUCGCGCCUCCUCAACUUGUCGGCGACCUGAUUCGCCACGGCGCGGAACCAAGCACGGUUGACGGCCAACAACAUACACCACUGGAUUGGGUCAUCCAGCCCGAUACUAUUUACGGCCCCCAGCCUAGGGAUUGGGGCUUGAAGCGGAGAUAUGACACGUGCAACCUCUUGCUCCGUCACGGUGGGACCUGCAAUCAGGGAGAACAAAAACUGACCCUAAGCGAAGUGAAUAACCUAUUGGAGGAAUUUAAGGGAGAGGGAUAUGAUGUUGAGUUUCUCACGGCGCGUUUGUCGGAAAUGCCUGGCCUCGCGGACUUGCGAGAAUAUGGGGUCCUAGGGGCGCAAUUCGGGGAAGCGCCACAACAUGCAUUGGGACCGAGUCUCGACGAGACAAAGCGAAAGAAGUCGAGCUGGAGGAAUCGACUGAGGAAAAUGAUUCGGUUGGGAAGGAGCGGCAAGAAGGACCGAAUUAUCUGCUGA